CUUACUCGGAUACAGAUGGAUCGCACAAAUUUGCCAGAAAGGUGCUCUCCUAUUCUCCUAUUUCCCUUCCAAGGGACAGCCAACAAGGCAUGCCGGCUGCAUGAAUGAAACCCCGGAUGCUGUCCCAUCCAUGGCUGAUAUUAGUGUCUGGAUUCAAACCGGCCAUGCAACUGCCGCCUGAUAAUGAAUUAUUAUAUAUGUUGGAACAAGAUUCUGCAAUUCUCGAUCUCAUCCAUUUUACUCAUCAGUGUCCAUGGGCCGAAUGUCUCAUUUCCUUAAACUAUUAGCGUUGUAUCAGAAUGACUGGUCCUUUCUAUUUUGGCCAUUCAUGCAACUGAUAGACAAUCACGGACUCUUGGCUUCUGGUGGCCCGAUUUCGUUGCUUAAUUCCUUGAUCUUUGGCUGGUGGGAUAUCCGCCCGCAGCAUAUGAAACUCAAUCUCAUUGCUGUGGAGGGAUUAUUACAUCCAACUGGGCAAUUAAUCCUCGGCAAGUACUCCGUAGUAUGUCGGUUGAUGCGUUAUAAUAGUUGAAACCUCCCUGGCAAUGGGCAUCUGGAUCUUUGCCAGAUAUUAUGUAGCAACCGGGUUCGUAGCCAAAUCCUAUCUAUCGUAGUCACAGUUUAGCCAGUUAAAAUAUCCAGCACAAAAGUUCACAGGAUGGAGUUGGGCGAUUUAGUAAGCAUUGUUGACUCCUCAAGUUCCCCACCAAUAGCAGCGGGGUGCCUGGCCAUGCCUACUACCCUACCCUACCCUACCACGGUGCUGGAGCAUUGUUCCAACCCCAACCCGCAACACCUUUUGUCCUCUAAUACCUAAUACACUCUCCAAAUUCAAAUUCAGUUAUUGCAUCAGAAUUCAGAGAACAGUGGCAGCGAAAAUCAAUCAAACGAAUAGUAGCAAGGUCUAAGGACCGCUUAGGGGCAAUAGCCUAUAUGCCAGACUUCAAGAUCUCGGCCACUUUGGAGGGCCACACCGAUGAUGUUCGCGCUGUGGCUUUUCCUAACUCCAAAGCUGUCUUGUCCGCCUCGCGGGAUGCGACCGUCCGUGUCUGGAACCUCACCUCCACUCCGCCUCCGGUCUACGACUACAAAAUAUCUUCCCACGGGUCCGCUUUCAUAAACUCCUUAGCCUACUACCCUCCAACCUCAGACUAUCCCGAAGGGCUGAUAUUCUCCGGUGGUCAAGAUACUAUUAUUGAGGCACGGCAGCCCGGGAAACCUGCUGACGCAAAUGCAGAUGCGAUGCUUCUUGGUCAUUCUCACAAUGUAUGCUCCAUAGAUGUCUGUCCGGAGGGCCAGUGGGUAGUGAGCGGGAGUUGGGAUUCUUCAGCAAAAUUGUGGAAGGUUGGGAAGUGGGAAUGCGAAGUUACACUUGAAGAUCACCAAGGGAGCGUCUGGGCUGUGCUGGCUUUUGACAAGACAACUAUAGUAACCGGAUGCGCUGAUCAAAUGAUCCGCAUAUAUAACCUGGCUGGAAAACUAUUGCGAAGUAUGAAGGCUGGCGACGUUGUUCGUGCCCUCUGUAAACUUCCUCCAAACCACCCGUCGGGCGGGCAGAUAGCGUCAGCCAGCAAUGAUGGCAUUAUACGAUUAUGGACCCUAGAAGGCCUACAAGUUGCGGAACUCCGUGGUCAUGAAAGUUUCAUCUAUUCAUUGACCACCUUACCGACGGGGGAAAUAGUUAGCUCGGGUGAGGACCGGACUGUCAGGAUAUGGAGUGGUGAUCGAUGCAUACAGACCAUUACACAUCCAGCAAUAUCUGUCUGGAGCAUUGCAGCAUGUCAAGAAAACGGUGACAUUGUUAGCGGGGCCAGCGAUAGAAUUACUCGAGUCUUCAGUAGAGCCCAGGAGCGCCAUGCAGAUCCUACCGUGAUCGCCCAAUUUGAAACCUCAGUCAAGGAGUCGUCUAUCCCACAGCAGCAAGUUGGGAAUAUCAAUAAAGAGAAACUACCAGGUCCAGAGUUCUUGAAGCAAAAGCUGGGAACGAAAGAAGGCCAGGUUCAGAUGAUUCGCGAGGAUGAUGGAAGUGUCACGGCUCAUACUUGGUCAACAGCCACGAGCCAGUGGAUAUCUGUGGGAACUGUAGUUGACUCUGCAGCCAGCAGUGGUAGAAAGGUGGAAUAUCUCGGGCAGGACUACGACUACGUUUUCGAUGUUGAUAUAGAGGAUGGGAAGCCUCCCCUGAAACUUCCAUAUAACCUUUCGCAAAACCCGUACGAAGCAGCGACCAAAUUUAUACAAAAUAACGAAUUACCGAUGGGGUAUCUGGACCAGGUCGCUAAUUUCAUAACCACAAAUACACAGGGUGCUUCCCUUGGUUCGUCAGCGACACAAAGCCAAGGCCCACCGCCUCCAGGAGCCGAUCCAUGGGGCGAAGAAAAGAGAUAUCGGCCUGGUGAUGGAUCAGCCAACAAUGCUCCAUCCAUUCCAACAUCUCGUCCGAAAGUUUUACCACAAGCAUCAUACCUUGCUAUAAAAACCGCAAAUAUCAAGGCAAUCCAGAAAAAGGUUUUGGAACUGAAUGAGCAACUCGUUAGUUCUGGAUCGAAAGACCUUUCGCUGAGUCCGUCUGAAGUGGAGACUGUCAUAGGUCUCUGCAAUCAACUGAAUCAGACAUCCCCGUUAAAAGAAUCGCCGCAGGUCGAGUUCGGAAUACCACUGAUCGUCAAAAUAGCAACUGCAUGGCCCGUUGCUAACCGGCUUCCCGGUCUUGAUUUACUCCGUCUGCUCGCUGCCGCAAGCCCUGUGACAGCCUCAACGGACUAUGUUGGUGGUGAUCUGAUCUCAACUCUCAUCUCAAGCGGCGUUUUCGAGUCACCUCUCAACGUGAAUAACGCGAUGUUAACAGUACGGACUUUUGCAAAUUUAUUCGAAACCAAAGCUGGUCGAGCUCUAGCAAUUAGCAGGUUUGACGACAUCAUGACGCAAAUCGGGUCUGUAACUGCAAACUCUGGGGGGACGCCGAAUCGCAACCUAACCAUCGCCAUUGCAACCCUAUAUAUUAACUUCUCUGUCUUCGUUACAAGUGACGGGAGGGCUUCGAGUCCUGAAUCCUCGGAGAAAGCCCUCUUGCUUCUCGAUGGAUUAACUAAACUUCUGAUGAAAGAAAAAGACUCUGAAGCUGUAUAUCGUGUGCUUGUUGCGUUGGGUACUUUAGUUACAGCGCUUGGGGAAGAAGUGAAAAGCGCCGCGAAAGAAAUAUAUGACAUCAACAUGGCACUAUCGAAGGUUAUUAGUUGUGGAUUUGGUAGGGAACCAAGGGUCAAGAGUGUGGUUGAUGAGAUCAGAAGUGCGCUUGGAUAAACGAAGGCCAUUCUCGUUUCUUACCCUAUUACCCUCCUAGACUAGCGUCGACUAACAUUUAUAUUGAAAUUUAUUUCAUCUUCAAUGUUUGUCACCAACAUGCCGUACCAAUGAGAAUAAAUGUUGUUAGAAGGAAGGAAUCAGUAAUUUCAAUGAGAUAUGUAUGAAAUCUACCAUCCCCUUCCCCUAAAGCCGCUGCACCCCUCACAACUUCCCUUCCUUAUUAACAUCCACCUCAACAAUCUGCUCUACCCCAGGAUACUCAGGAAUAUCCAAAUCAUACCUCUCCACAAUACCCUUAGUCAGAAACCUGCCUCCCAAAAAAUGCCUUCCCGUAAACCAUUUAGCCAACGGCUUCGCAGCUGUCAAGCUGAUCAGCGUUUGGGGCAUAAACUUUGCCCCAGGCCCUUCCUUCGGCGGGCCAGUUUCUAUAUCCCAUGAGCUAGGCGCGUCAACGCUCAGGAUGGGUACCUUGGUUUCCUCCAUAAGCGAGAUUACUCUCGGGAACGGGUCGCGAAGUGGUCCUAGGAACGAGAAGCCGAAAAUUGCAUCGAUUACGAAAUCACUGGUUUGGAGGGUACCUGCGAAGUCGGUUGUGAAGGGGACGGAGAGGUUGUGUAGUUGGGUUUUUAGGCGCUAUUUUCUUGUAGUUUCGUUAGAAGUUUCUUGCGAUAUUGGAUAUGUUUAGGCUGAGUGACUUGGUAAUAGGGAAGGAGCGGGAAUUGUGCAUAGUCCUUGCAAGUGAUAAGGAUACAAACCGCGUAUAAUUCAUUUUUCCCUUGUUUCGGGUAAUAUACAGUCGGCUUAUAUCCAUAGUGAGCUAGGUGACGAGCGGCAACAAGCCCAUCACCACCUGCGUGAGUUAUAUAUCGUCAGUCAGCUUAAUACUGUGGACCAACGAUACGGCAGCACAGGUAAAACAAGGCUUCCGAAAUAGGCCAGCUCUGAUCCCAUACCGUUAUUUCCGGGGCCACAGGCUACGAGGACAUUUCUGCCUGUGGAUGGAGGAUGAACUCGAUAGACUGUCGUCAAGCAAUACACCCAGUCAGCCACCCUGAA